UAAUUUUAAGUUUUAACCUCAUUGGUAAUAUAUUUAGGUGCAUUCAAAAAGGAGAAACCGGUUGCAACAAAAGAAAAUGAAUGAUUUGGUAUUUGUUAUGUAUAACAUAAAAUUGAAGGAGAGGAACUUGAAAAGACAAGCUGUCAUAGAACCAAUUAUUUUUGAAGAUGUCUAUUCCGAUGAUGAAUGGAUUACCGAAAAAGAAGAUCCGGUUCUUCCAACAAAAACUAAAUGGUUGAGGGUUCUUGAUGACAAAGUUCAAGAAGAUGAUUCCGAUGAAGAAGAUGAAGUAGAAAGGAUGACUAGGACACUUGAGGAAAUUUAUGCAAUUGAUGAUAAUGAAGAUUUGCAGCCAUUAAAUCCUAUUGAUGAAGCUAAUGAGGAAGAUGGUGCAGGGUUCAAUGAUGACUUUAUGGAUAUGUAAUUUUAGUUUCUAACUUUGGAGAGGGAUGAGUUAGGAUUUGAGAUUUAUGGACUAUUUUAUUUUGUGUUACAUCCUCUUUUAUUUAUAUUCAGACUUUAGAAUAUUUUCUUUUACUUUUAUUUAUAUUCGGACUUUAGAAUAUUGUUAGGAUUUGAGAUUUGAAGUCAUGGAUAUGUAAUAUGGUAUGU